AAGGGGAAAGAUGAUUAUAAACAGGCGGCGACGUCAGAGGACGAUGGAAAGAAGAAGAGUGAAAAGCAGGUGAAGAAAGCCAAGGAGAAGACGGACAUGGACGACCUGAAAAAGGAAGUUGACCUGGUGAGGAAAAACCGAUUAUUUAUUCAUUUAUUCAAUCUAUUCAUCUAAUUUAGUUGACAUGGACAAUGCACGUUAAUCCAUAUGCAAUUUGUUUAAAAUAGAUACAGUGACAUAGCUUCAAAAAUGUCUGUAUUUUCAAUAAGAAAAGACAAAGGUGCACAGUAAACAAAAAAAGUUUUUUUCCCACAUUAAAAAAGACUACAGUUUACUAUAGAAUACUACAGUACUAACUAUAUAAUUCUAUAGUAACCUGUAGAAUACUAUACUAUACACUGUAGUAUCCCUCAAUCAUGUGUAGUACUUACUAUAGAAUGUUGUAGUAUACUUACUGUAGAAUGCUAUAGUAAAUAUGACAGUAUUAUUGGUUAAAGAAACACUGUAGUAAAUACUACAGUAAUGUCAGCAAAAACACUACAGUCUGCAAAAACACUACACUUUUUAAACUAUAUUAACUACUACAGUAUUUUAUUUGCAUAUACCCUGCCCAUUCCAUUCCCCCAUAUUUCAAUGUGUGCCACCCAUAUGUAAGAAAUUAUCCGUUCAGACCCCUAUCCUACCUACCUACAGGUUAUGGAAAAUGUUCUCUUUUAGUAUUUCUUCAGUAGGUUUCCUGAAGGAGAAAGCCUCUCCUUCUAUGUCAAAGAUAAUAAACCAAAAUACUAUAGUAAAUAAUACAGCAAUGCAGUAAUGUUAUACGGUAAUUUGGGCGGGGAAAUAAUUGCUGUAUUUUGAAUGGUACUGUAAUUCCAUCCCACAGAAUACAGUACCAUAACGUUUUUUUGGAGCCCCAAAAACCUUUUGACCACUAGUGGGUGCAUGGUAUUGUUGCUUCUGGCUCAUGACCAUAUUUUGAGGCUUGCCUUGUAAGAGGCUAUAUUUGUUGCACCCGUUAGUGAGAAUGUUGUACCAAUUUAACUGGUCUGUGGUAGUAGUGCCCCAUCAAUUUCAAAUGGAUAGGGAACAUAUUGGAGUGGCAGUAAGUCUUCAACCUUUAACGGUUGAGCGUUUUGCCAUGUCUUUUUGGUCUGUUUUGCCCUGUUGUUGCUGACAGUUUGGAAGCCUUUGUUAAGGCCUCUAGAAGUGCAAAUGAUAUAAAACACCAAAUAUUCAUUGAUAUGCUGUAAUGUGUAAGCACUACCUAGCAGCUAACCUGCUUGUACCAAUCCCAUGUCCAUUAGAGUAAAACAUUGUGAAAUACAAACCCAUUCUCCCCUCAAUUAAUUUCAUUCAUCCAUUCAUUCAUUCCAAUUACAGUCAGUAGUAUUAACUUUUUUUUAACACAUUUUUAACUUUAACUGUAUAUAUAACUGUAAAACAACACAUUUCAUCAAACCUAUCCAGUGUAUGUGAAAAUAAAACUUUAUUUUUAUUUUUAUAUUAACAGUAUAAUACAGUAAAAUCUACGAUAAUUUACUGUCAUUACACAGUACUUGCUCUGAUACUUUAUUUACAUAACAGUAAGCAAUAUGACAUUCAGUAACUUACUCACCACUAGCUGCCUGUAAGUUACUGUCAAAUUCAUGGCAACCCCUUUACAGCGUAAGCCUAUUAGUCUCUGUGGACAAGAAAAGGUGCAGCAUACAACCUAUCAAGCGUGUAUAAAGCUCUUUGGUUUCUAGAUUUGCAUUUGGCCACUCAUUUGCAUUUUACAUUUACAUACUAUUACUCUGCAGUGAGUCUUGGUGGGCAGUUCUAAAACCCCAAUAGCCUGCGUUUAAACUUUAAAGAAACAUUAGCCUAUCUUUGGAAACUGCUUUCUUGCCUGUAGCGGAAUAGAAAACGGAUAUGUGCACUGUGCAGUACUUUUUCAGGGCACGAAUGUAAAAUUCAGUAAUGGAUUCAGUCAUGAUUCAGAGCGAUUCCAUCCAUCAUACAGAAACGAAUGACUCUUCUAUGGUUUAGAUUUAAAUCUGUGCUGCAUGACCUUGUCAUACCUAGAAUCAGUUCAAAUUAUUGGAGGAAUGUGUUUCAUAACUAUAUGUUCUGUUUACUUCUGCCAAGGGGGAAAGAUUAGAGAACUACCUAGUUCAACAAGCUCUCUCUCUCUCUCUCUCUCUCUCUCUCUCUCUCUCUCUCUCUCUCUCUCUCUCUCUCUCUCUCUCUCUCUCUCUCUCUCUCUCUCUCUCUCUCUCUCUCUCUCUCUCUCUCUGAUUUAGGAUGACCACAAGUUGACCUUUGAUGAACUUAACAGGAAAUACGGCACAGACUUAGCCAGGGUGAGUGAAUAUGUAUGUGUGUGCAUGUGUGCCUCCGUUUGUAACAUUGAGAACCACUUGGAUCAGUUGCUCCUAAGGAUUACAGCUGACUGAAAUUGGAAGAGUACUGAGGUCGUGGAGGUUACGGCACAAGGUCAUAGCAUAGGUAGAACUUCAUCUGCUUUCAGUGUCAUGAUGAAAUCACUAUCUACCACUGAAUCUUUUCAUAUGAAACGUAUCUAUAUCUUCCUAAAGUUUACACAGAGUUUGGAGUCAAAUAUAUAUUUUCCGAUUGUGUGACAUCCCUUCACUUACUCCGUGUUGCUCUUCUAUCUGUCUGUCCUCUUUUCCAUUUUCCCUCUCUCUUUCUCUCUCAUCCCUCCUCCACCCAGGGUCUAUCUUCGGUUCGGGCUAAGGAUAUCCUUCUUCGCGACGGCCCCAACACCCUGACUCCUCCCCGCACUACCCCUGAGUGGGUGAAGUUCUGCAAGCAGCUCUUUGGCGGGUUCUGCAUGCUGCUGUGGAUCGGAGCUGUGCUCUGCUUCAUGGCACACAUUAUCCAGGUCACCUCAGAGGAAGAGCCGACCAAUGCUAAUGUGAGAAUCAUACAAUCAUAGAAUUCAGAGAUAAUUUGAGACUUGACAAAAAAACACAAAGCCUCCAGUGAUGGAAAGGGUUUUUCUACGUAACGAUAACGCAAUAUUCUCAUAAUCUUUCUGCCUAACAGUUGUACCUGGGUCUUGUGCUCGCUGUUGUCGUCAUUAUCACUGGUUGUUUCUCCUACUACCAAGAGGCCAAGAGCUCAAAGAUCAUGGACUCCUUCAAGAACCUGGUCCCACAGGUUAGACUGCAUUUUCAAACACCUCUGAGAAGAACUUGAUCAUAUAGUUACCUCUACAGAUGUUAAUCCUGUCAUCUGCCUUGUAGCAAGCCCUGGUUGUCCGUGAUGGUGAGAGGAAGAACAUCAACACUGAAGAAGUGGUGGUUGGCGAUAUAGUGGAGGUGAAAGGAGGAGACAGGAUCCCAGCUGAUUUGCGUAUCAUCUCUGCCAGCGGCUGCAAGGUGGAUACAUAAAAAUACAUGAAGUCGUGUCACACACGUAAAUGUCAUUCAUUCAUUGUUGUAUUGAUGCAAUUCUCUUUUCCCACUCAGGUGGACAACUCCUCCCUCACUGGUGAAUCUGAGCCCCAAACUCGUAGUCCCGAUUUUAGCAAUGACAACCCCCUGGAAACCAGGAAUAUCGCCUUCUUCUCUACCAACUGUGUUGAAGGUAAAUACCUUCUGUAACUAGCUGUAAUUAUUGAAAAGUUAUUACUUAAAAUUACUUAAAAUGUAUCAAUUCGCUCUUUUAGGAUGGGAUUCAGACCGGAGGUUCCAUGCGCAUAAAUGGAACUUUAUUCUUUUUUGAUGCACUCUCCUCGCUAUUUGUAUUCUAAAGCGUGGGGAAACGCCAGAAAUUGAGGUUGUGUCUGACCUUGAUUUUGUCCCGUAAUAAUUUCACCACCGUUACCGUCGAGGAAUCCAUUAAUAAGGUUCGAGCAAACCUGCCGGUUCUAAGUGGGAAAAGCAUCUACUUUAUUUCCCCCCAAUAGAAGUAACAGCAUUCUCCAUACACUGUCAUUUAUAAAUUGAUAAGAGCUUAUUGAUAAGAGCUAGGUAAAUGAGUGAAGUAUGAAAUAUGUGCGGUUAUGCAGAAUCUUUAUUGUAUGGCCUUAUAACUUGCAGGGAUCAAAUUUGGAGACACGCCAAAUGAGAUGACAAGGUAAAGAGUUGCGCCAAAUGUAGCCAUUGUGCUCUCUAGAACGUUUUAAUCAUAUGCCCCAACGUUUCCUUUUUCCUUAUUAGCCACUAUAUUUAACUGCCAAUUUAGUGUUCGUUCCCUUCCUUACAUUCGUAUCAUUCCAUUACAUCGUUUGAUUUAGCCUAGCUUUAUCUCGUUCCUCUGUAAACGCUGUCACGUCUUUGUGGCUGUGGCUGAGGGUCAAGUAAUAGUGAAUGCUAUUUAAUGAAGGCCAAAUACAAAUUGUAGUAAAAAUAAAUCGGGGGCAUAUAGGCUUGUUAAAUCAUUAUGGAGCUCAAACCGAUACUUUGAUCUUGACGCACGGCGCAACACUUUGCACAGUUCCAUGAUUAGUGCGGGAAAUUAGAGUAUGUUUAUUAUAUCAUACUAUUGUAUACUAUUCUCCAUACUAUAAUUAUAAAACUAUUGUAGGCUAGACUACUUUCAACCUUACCAUUGAUUAACUGAAUGUGGCAACUUUCAAAAUUAAUCAAAACACCUUUUUUUUGUACAUAAAGGCUUUAUUUUGUACAUGAAGUAGGAUUCAUGACUUUCCCUAAACAUAAAUAAUGUGUAAAAUCAGUGUUUUAAAAUUGACCCAUGAGUUCUGAAACAGAGACAAAUAUGCAUAUGUUUUCAUGGCUAUCUUUCUAUAUUCUGAACACAUUCUCUACAUUCAAGUCUUGUGGCGAUCAAAUUCUAAUUAUAGGUGCACAGUAUUUAAAGAGAUUGCUUUAGAUAAAUGAACAGAAAAACGAGUGAACAAAACCUCCCUGAUUAAAAUGGUAGGCCACCAAGUGGGUGUGUUUUCUGAGGUUGAAUUAAAUGUAUUAAAUGCACGCAAGGGAACCUUGCCCGAAAACCUUGUUAAGCCCCUCCAUAAGGUAAGUCUGAAUACCAACUACUGAGAAGUGUGUAGGAAAGGCAGGCAUAUUAAACGUGUUCAUUUGUCUGAUUCGGCCUCUUUGUGAUUCUAAACCAGGAAUCAUCAAAUCAUCAAUUAUUUUCUUGAGCAGAUGGUCUGGGGGCCGGAACAUAAUUGGCUGCAAGAAGCCCAAACAUAUAAUAUUUGACUAAAACAUCAUAAUUUCAAACCUUGCUUACAUUUGUAUAUGAUCACGUGUCUCUUUAUUAUGUGUGGGAAUAGUUGUGAACACAUUUCCCAAAUUUAAAUCACUUGGAGCUGAUUUCCUGAAGGUUUUUACAUUUUUAAAGUCCAACAAUGAAAACGUUUGACUGGUACUGUAUAUAUAUACAUAUUAUUAUUAUUUAUUUAUUUUAUAUAUAUAUAUAUAUAUAUAUAUAUAUAUAUAUAUAUAUAUAUAUAUAUAUAUAUAUAUAUAUAUAUAUAUAUAUACACUACCAGUCAAAAGUUUGGACACAACUACUCAUUCAAGGUUUUUUCUUUAUUUUUACUGUUUUUGACAUAGUAGAAUAACACAUAUGGAAUCAUGUAGUAACCAAAAAAGUGUUAAACAACUCAAGAUAUAUUUUAUAUUUGAGAUUUUUCAAAUAGCCACCCUUUGCCUUGAUGACAGCUUUGCACACUCUUGGCAUUCUCUCAACCAGCUUCAUGAGGUAGUCACCUGGAAUGCAUUUCAAAUAACAGGUGUGCCUUCUUAAAAGUUAAUUUGUGGAAUUUCUUUCCUUCUUAAUGCGUCAGUCAAUAAGGAACAUUUCAAGAACUUAGAAAGUUUCUUCAAGUGCAGUCGCAAAAACCAUCAAGCACUAUGAUGAAACUGGCUCUCUAGAGGACCGCCACAGGAAUGGAAGACCCAGAGUUACCUCUGCUGCAGAGGAUAAGUUCAUUAGAGUUACCAUGCUCAGAAAUAGGCCAAAUAAAUACUUCACAGAGUUCAAGUAACAGACACAUCUCAACAUCAACUGUUCAGAGGAGACUAUGUGAAUCAGGCCUUCAUGGUCGAAUUGCUGCAAAGAAACCACUACUAAAGGACACCUAUAAGAAGAAGAGACUUGCUUGAGCCAAGAAACACGAGCAAUGGACAUUAGACCGGUGGAAAUUUGUCCUUUGGUCUGGAGUCCAAAUUGGAGAUUUUUGGUGCCAACUGCUGUGGCUUUGUGAGACGCGGUGUGGGUGAAUGGAUGAUCUCUGCAUGUGUGGUUACAACCGUGAAGCAUGGAGGAGGAGGUGUGAUGGUGUGGAGGUGCUUUGCUGGUGACAAUAUCAGUGAUUUAUUUAGAAUUCAAGGCACACUCAAACAGCAUGGCUACCACAGCAUUCUGCAGCGAUACGCCAUCCCAUCUGGUUUGCGCUUAGUGGGACUAUCAUUUGUUUUUCAACAGGACAAUGACCCAACACACCUCCAGGCUGUGUAAGGGCUAUUUGACCAAGAAGGAGAGUGAUGGAGUGCUGCACCAGAUGACCUGGCCUCCACAGUGUUUUACACUUUUUUGGUUACUACAUGAUUCCAUAUGUGUUAUAUCUUAGAUUUGAUGUAUUCACUAUUCUUCUACAAUGUAGAAAAUAGUAAAAAUUAAGAAAAACCCUGGAGUGGGUAGGUGUGUCCAAACUUUUGACUGGUACUGUAUAUAUAUUUUGUGCUCAGAAAACAUGGGGAGGCCAAAUAAAACCUCCCGCAUUCCAAAUUCGGCCAGCGGGUCGCCAGUUGGGGAACCCUGUUCCAAACCAUAUUCUCCAUGUUUGGUCCCUCCAGGAACUGCCAGAGGUAUCGUCAUCAACACUGGUGACCACACUAUCAUGGGUCGUAUCGCCGCCUUGGCCAUGAGUCUGGAAAGUGGGCAGACGCCUCUCGGGAUUGAAAUUGAUCACUUCAUCGAAAUCAUCACCGGUGUGUCCGUCUUCUUCGGCGUGACUUUCUUAAUCCUCUCUGUUAUUCUGGGCUAUGGUUGGCUGCCAUCCAUCAUCUUCCUCAUUGGAAUCAUCGUUGCUAAUGUGCCAGAGGGUCUCCUGGCUACUGUAACUGUGAGUGCUGAUGAAAAGUAAUGUUUAACAAAAUCUUCAUGAAAAAUAACAACAAAACAUAUUUUGUCUAAUUUUUUAUUCUUUAACCCUCUGCUAUGGAUUUCCAUCUUAGGUGUGUCUAACUCUGACUGCCAAGCGUAUGGCCAAGAAGAACUGCCUGGUGAAGAAUCUCGAAGCUGUGGAGACCCUGGGGUCCACCUCCACAAUCUGCUCUGACAAGACUGGCACCCUAACCCAGAACAGAAUGACCGUGGCUCACAUGUGGUUCGACAACCAGAUCCAUGACGCUGACACCACAGAGAACCAGAGCGGUACCUCUUUCGACAAAAGCUCCUCCACCUGGGCUGCACUGGCUAGAGUCGCCGGCCUGUGCAACCGCGCCGUCUUCCUGGCAGAACAGAGCAACGUACCUAUCCUCAAAAGAGAUGUAUGUGGUGACGCCUCAGAGACUGCCCUGCUGAAGUGUAUCGAGCUGUGCUGUGGGUCUGUCAAAGACAUGAGAGAAAAGCACCGCAAAGUCGUUGAGAUCCCCUUCAACUCCACCAACAAAUACCAGGUAACCACACGUGCUCUUUAUACAUAGUAUCUGGUCAAUCAAAUCAAAUCAAGCUUUAUUUACACAGAACAUUUCAGACAUGGAAUGCAAUGCGCUUCACAGGAAAAAACAAUGGACAAAAACAAUUGAAGUAAAAACUGAAAUAUUUACAACAAACAUAAGAGGAUAAAAAAACAAAAUAUAACAAUAAAAACUGACAAACUGAAGAAGUAAAAUGUGUGGGUUAACAACGGGUUAAACUGUGAUCUAAAAGGUGGUGUCAUGGAUUUAAAAUCAUGGAUGGCUUUUCUCAAUCAGCUUGUAACUGCCACUGGGUAUCUACAUCCAAUACGCUGCCGGAACUUUACUUUACCAGGCUUACUGGUAACCUGCUGAGUUAUUUUAUUUUAAAUAAAGUAAACCCUCUUCAUGGUGUCAUCUCAUCAAAAAACAAUACAUUUCUUCCCUUAGCUCUCCGUUCAUGAGAACAACACGGCCGGCGAGUCCAAGCAUCUGCUGGUGAUGAAGGGAGCCCCUGAGAGGAUCCUAGACAGCUGCUCCACCAUCUUGCUCCAAGGCAAAGAACAUCUUCUGGAUGACGAGAUAAAAGCAUCAUUUCAGAACGCCUACGAAGCUCUAGGAGGGCUGGGAGAGAGAGUGCUGGGUAAGAGGGCACACACCAAUAUGGAAACAUAUUCAUUCAAACGUUUGGGAGCUAAUGUACAGUCUUGAACAUGCAGGAUUUGUUCUAGCGUGUUUAUGACUCUGUGUCCUUUUCAGGUUUCUGCCAUUUCCAGCUCCCUGAUGACCAGUUUGCCGAAGGCUUUGACUUUGACUGUGAAGAGAUGAACUUCCCCACUGAGAAUCUGUGCUUCGUUGGCCUCAUGUCCAUGAUUGACCCUCCUCGUGCUGCCGUGCCUGACGCUGUGAGCAAGUGCAGGUGUGCUGGAAUCAAGGUAUGGCAAUAUCAUAUUAAACUCAACACUCUUAGGCCAUCACACAUAACAGCCACUUUGAUCAGACCACUCAACUUCCCUUCCUACGCUUAGGUUAUCAUGGUUACUGGGGAUCAUCCCAUCACUGCGAAGGCCAUUGCCAAGGGUGUGGGCAUCAUCUCUGAGGGCAACGAGACUGUUGAGGAAAUUGCUGCUCGUCUGAAAAUCCCAGUUUCUGAGGUCAACCCAAGGUAUGUUGCAGUUUGUUUGGGAUAAUUUCGGUGUAUGUCAUCAUACUUUCUACACUUAAAGCUGAGUGACAGAAACCUAUAUUUUGCAGUUUUGGGAAAAAUACAAGCCAGUUAUAUUUAGCUUAUAUUUUAACUUUCCAUCUUUGUGCCAUGCAGAGAUGCCAAGGCCUGUGUUGUCCAUGGUGGACAGCUGAAGGACAUGACCACCGAAGAGUUGGAUGACAUCCUGAAGCAUCACACUGAGAUUGUGUUUGCCAGAACUUCUCCUCAGCAGAAGCUGAUUAUUGUGGAGGGUUGCCAGCGUCAGGUACUAUUUAGUUAAUGAAUCCAUGCUUAUGUGUCAGUCGGGAUCAUUGCAUCUUUCGUUGCUAAGACCUUUAAACACCUCUCUUACUUAUCCACAGGGUGCCAUUGUGGCUGUGACAGGUGAUGGUGUGAACGAUUCUCCUGCUCUGAGGAAGGCUGACAUCGGUGUUGCUAUGGGUAUCGCUGGAUCUGACGUCUCUAAGCAGGCUGCAGACAUGAUCCUCCUGGAUGACAACUUUGCCUCCAUCGUGACUGGUGUUGAAGAGGGUAUGAGGAGCUCUGCCGAUGACUAUCAAUCUGCUGUGUCUUUCCAUCCUUCUGUCAUCACCCUGACUAUCCCUUCCACCCUCUAUUUCCCCUCAGGUCGUCUGAUCUUUGACAACUUGAAGAAGUCCAUCACCUACACCCUGUCCAGUAAAAUUCCAGAGAUGACCCCCUUCCUCUUCUUGCUCCUCGCCAACAUUCCGCUGGCUCUAGGGACCGUCACCAUCCUCUGCAUCGACCUGGGAACUGACAUGGUGGGUCUUUCAGAUGUGGAUACUCCUCCUUUGUGAACAAUCUGAUCAUGUGUUCUGGUGCAUCACCACAAACAAUGUCCGUGAUCAUUUCAGAGGUUGUUCAGAAGGUAUUUUCACUAACAUCGAAGUUAGCAACGAUGUGUUUCUAAUUUGGGUGAUCUUUCCCAUCGAUACCUUCAAGAUCCCCGCUAUCUCCCUGGCCUAUGAACAAGCUGAGAACGACAUCAUGAAGAGACAGCCACGGAACCCCAAAACCGACCGACUGGUGAACGAGAGACUCAUUAGUGUGGCCUACGGUCAAUUUGGUAAGGCGUUAAUUUGACCCUGCUUCUGUUUUGCCUGCCCUUUUAACGGGUCUUUUUGAGUUGUAUGUUGACCAGUCUGUUUCAUAGCACAUUUACAAUCUGAUCGAUGUCUCUUCACUGACAAAAUACUCUGUCACACUUUAUUAGGAUAGUCCAUCUGUAUUAUCAACAAAACAUCAUACUAACAACAGACUAUCUGUUGAUAAGCAACUGCUUGCUACGGUUAGGGUAAGGGUAAGGAAAAGUUAGGGUUAGCGCUAGGGUUAGUAGAUAGUUAGUUGAAAUGUUACUGAUGUUAGUCUGUAGAUAGUCCCAUCUGUAGAUGCUCUACAGACUAUCUAAAUGAAGUAUUACCUAAUACUCUCCUCCUUCUUCCUCUUCACAGGAGUGAUGUUGGCCGCAGCCGGCUUCUUCACAUACUUUGUAAUCAUGGCUGAGAACGGGUUCUAUCCCAUGGAUCUGCUAGGUAUCCGUUUGGACUGGGAAAACCAGUUUAUCAACGACUUGGAGGACAGCUACGGCCAGCAGUGGGUGAGUACACAAAUGCCGCUCUGCCUUUUGCUGACGCCUUACUAAUGGAUCCAUAGAAAUAGAAUGAAUAGAAAGGGCGUCUCCAUUCAAGUCAAUGAUGGCAUAAUGGGUGAGCUGGCAUGAGUAUACCGGUCAAAUUGUCAGGGUUAUAGCUUCCUAGCCCGUUCUAUUCAUUAUAUUUCUAUGAAGGGAUUAGCAUUAGCCUUGUUUUGAGUACCUUCUUGUGUGAUGAGUUCUCCAUUAGAGCUUUUUCAAUCUCUCUCCAAUUUUUUUCAAAUGUAGUUUAGUCCAGUUAGUUUAUUCCAUCAGGAAAUUCAAGAAAACGAAAUAAAUCAAUAAAUGUGAUAUAGUAUUAAAAAACAAAGUUCAGAAGUCAUGGCUGGGAUUAUGCAUCAGGGUUGAUGCACAGCUUGCAUUUUGGAUAGUCAGCGAAAGGAAGAAUCAAUGGUCUUGAGAAAGAGGGAACCUUUCAGUCACUGCCAGAGAGGCAGACACAGACAGGUCCGUAGCCUCGGCAGCACAACUCACAACCCCCAAUUCGUAACAGCUGCUACUAUUCCCCAGACUCCUUUGUACACUUGUAUGACCGCUUGCACUGGAUCACAUUCACAUCAGUAAUAAAACACCAUUGUACACUUGUGUGAUGCCCCUGCCUGUCACUGGAUCAAGGUCACACACCCAUUCAAGCAACAAUGAAAGAAAAGAGAGAGAAAGCUGAAUCCUCGCAGGGACAUAGAAGAUCGCACACAAGGCGACAAAGCAGGAGCACAGGAGCCCGGAGAGAAGAGCGCGGAAGAGCUCGCAGACUCGCGUCCGCGAAGACUAAAGACUCUACUCGCGUCCUCACCAUCUCGCUCUCUCCCCCCUCUCUCCCCCGCUUCCCCCUCUCUCUCUCUCUCUCGCACUCUCUCUCCCCAUCCUUCAGACAUAUGAGAGCAGAAAGAUUAUUGAGUUUACCUGCCACACAGCGUACUUCGUCGCUGUCGUGAUUGCACAGUGGGCCGUUUUGGUCGUCUGUAAGACCAGGAAGAACUCCUUCUUUCAGCAGGGACUAAUGAAGUAAGUACACACAUCGAUCUCCGUGGUCUUGGUCUAAGUCUGGUACACACACACACACAACACACACACAUGUUCAUACAACCCUGCAACUCACUUCAAAAUCAAUAUCCACCCUGUUGGUUUAAAUUCAUGAAAGAUAUUUUAUUUUUCCUCCCACCUAAAGGAACCGUGUUCUCAUCUUCGGACUUUGUUCGGAAUCCGCCCUGGCUCUCUUCCUGUCCUACUGCCCUGGAAUGGAUGUCGCCAUCAGAAUGUACCCACUCAAGUGAGCAGUAGACCCUUCAGAUUAUCUUAAACUCUUCUGUAUACCAGCUUGGAACAAAGGUCACCGCCUGUUUUAAAAGAUGAGUGGUAAAAUGGGUGGAUAUGAUAAAGGGCGGAGACUACUGCGGCCUCACAGGAUCAGUUGGGGUUCACUAGCUAGCUGAAGUGUAAUGGGGUUUACUGCCUAACCGAGAGAGAAAAAGCAGCUCCCAGAUUUACGCUCAAUUUAAUAUUUUCUUUUCUUUUCCUUCCCUCUUUCCUUCUAUGUUUCUUCUCUAUUUCCUUCUGUUAUUCCUCAGGCCUUUCUGGUGGGUGUGUGCCUUUCCCUACACCCUGCUCAUCUUCAUCUAUGAUGAGGUUAGGAAAUACAUCAUGCGACGGAACCCAGGAGGUAAGUGCUCAGGGACUAUGGACCACAACAAGUUGUUAAGCUAAUGCCGACAAUUGGCCGUCUCUGUCAAUUAUUGUAUAAUGACAUGUAGGAUUGGGAGUGCCGAAUUAUAUCCUUUUGUAUCAUGGAGAUUUGCAGUGUGGCAAGAUGAAAUCGAACUAAUUCUGUUGUUUUUUUCUCUGAAUUGUCUCUUCUUUCAGGUUGGGUGUACCAGGAGACUUACUAUUGAGGCAAAGAGGCGGUCCCAGGAUCACUCAAUGUCACUCUGCUACAGUAUUGCCUUAUAAUGUAAUCAUUCAUUUUACAAUGAUAUUAAACCUAUUUGCCUUUGAUAGACAAUUC